AACUCAAGUCUUGGCAUAAAGUCUCUUUUUUAUUGAAGUCAAGCUGCUGUACUAGGGGAGUCCGAUCUGCAAGCUUUGACUUGCAAAUAUCAAGCAUGGCAGAACAAGCAUUUGUCACCUUGGCCACAAAUGACAGCUAUGCAAAGGGAGCUAUGGUGCUUGGGAAAUCCCUUAGGAACUACAAGACUUCAAAAAAGCUGGUGGUGCUUAUUGGACCCCACGUGUCAGAUCAGGCCAGGGCAGUUCUUCAUAAAAUCUAUGAUGAAGUCAAGCUAGUGGACGUGAUGGAGAGUGGAGACACAGCACAUCUGGCCAUGAUGAAAAGACCUGAUCUGGGUGUAACAUUUACUAAGCUUCACUGUUGGACCCUCACACAUUACUCGAAAUGUGUGUUUAUGGAUGCAGACACACUGGUGGUAUCAAACAUAGAGGAGCUGUUUGACAGGGAGGAACUGUCUGCAGCCCCAGACCCCGGCUGGCCUGAUUGUUUCAACUCUGGUGUGUUUGUUUUUCGCCCGUCUAAUGAAACCUACUGCAAACUUCUCCAGUACUGCACAGAGCACGGCAGCUUUGACGGAGGGGACCAAGGAGUCCUGAACGGCUUCUUCAGUGAUUGGUCAACAGCUGAUAUCACAAAACACCUUCCAUUCAUCUAUAAUAUGAGCAGCAUAGCAAUCUACACGUACCUACCAGCAUUUAAACAAUAUGGUGCAAAUGCUAAAGUUGUCCACUUCCUGGGACAGAUGAAGCCAUGGAGCUACACGUACGACCCUAAGCAGAGGAGAGUGCGAGGGGACGUUCAGGAAGUGUCUUACCCCAGCUUCCUCCUGGAGUGGUGGGCUCUGUAUAGCAGUGAAGUGGUGCCCAUGCUGCUCAGAGAGUAUGGAGACCAGCCCUUCUACUCCGGCUGUGAGGAGGAUGUUGCACAGAGUCAGGAUGCUCCACCGCCCAUGUCCUCAGCAGAGCGCAAGCAGAAAUGGGAACAGGGCCAGGCCGACUACAUGGGAAUAGACUCUUUUGACAACAUCCAGAAAAAGCUUGACGCUUUCCUUAAAUAAAAAGGAAGGGUUGAGGGAAUUACAAACCAUGAAUGCUCACCAUACAGUUUUACAAGAGAAAAUUUCAAGCACAUGUAGAUGCACUGCUACAAUGCUCUUUGAAAGAAAUUUGUGAGCGUAUUCUUUCUUAAGACUGUCACAUUGCAGUUCACUUAGUCGCCCUCUUUUUUUCUUUUCAUACACUGUGAAACUAGCACUUAUUGUGGGUUAAUGGAACUUUACCACGAAACCUUCUCAUGCAAAAUGUGAAUUCUAAAGUGCACAGCAAUUAUGUGGAUUUAUAAACGAAGUUUUAGCAAGAUAUAUAGUUUCAGUUCACUCACGUGCCAACUCUUCUUUUCACAUGGUGAUGCUUUUGGCACUUGGUGACACCCCUCGUGUUCAAAGUUUGAUUUGUUUUAACAAAAUCUCAUUGCCAAUGCCAGCAUUUAUAAAUGAAACCUCAAACCGUAUUCCAACUUUUUUUCUAAAGUCAUAUUCUGGAAGACAAAUUGACUUUUCAAGCUUUAGUUUAAUCUCUACCUUAAUGUUUCACUUUUAAAGGGGCAAUGCCUUUGAAUGUUACAGUCUCUGCGUUUUUUUUUUUUUUUUUUUUUUUUUUUACAUUUCACAUGAUCUGUUUGACUAUUUUCUCUGGUUUACAGCUGUCAUUACUCUGUGCAAUAUAUGGGCACUUUCCUUGCCUUUACCAUCUCUUUUAUUACUGUAUAUCUUUUGUCUGUGAUUUUCUUUUCUAUUUUUUGUAUCUCUGUUUCUCUUUAAUCCAGUGUUACGGGGCCUCUGUCCCAUACAACUGCAAAAUAAAGCCAUUAAGAAUUAUAACACUCUUAUUUAUUCCUUUUGUAUAUUUAUUUCCUUUUUAUUAAUGUAAGUAUUAGGGCCAGGUAAACAUAUUAAUGCAUAUUGAGGAAAAGUAAAAUAAAAAAAUAUCUCAGUUAUCUCAAAAUCAUGCUAACUGCAUUAAUAAUUUAUCAUUUUAUAAUAAAUACUUUUAUUUUUUUUAAUCAACUUGAUCACUGUUUAUCAAAAUCUGAACUUGUUUUGAUAGAUUGGGCUCAUAAUGUGUUACAGCACCAGUCUGUGGAACUUUGUGAAACUGCAUCAUUACUGAUUUUUUUCUUUGAUGAAACUUUAUAUUGUAUCACUAUAAUGCUUCAUGUCCAUUACACACACCGACAGAUAACAUAUAAUGAAAUCAAAUGAUUCCUCUACUAACAAGAAUAAUUAAUAACCUAUUAAUAACUAACAAACAAACAAGCAACAUCCAUAAUAAAAUACAGAACACAGGAGACUUGUGACAUAACAUAAAUAGGUAAAUAAUUUAUACCAUUGAAGAGACAACACUCAAUUCAAUGUCCUUAAUAACAUUUUUAAUACAUCGUACAUGAAAAUAAACAUCCUUUUUGCCCUAUUUAUGAUAAAAUGGCUCAUAAUUUACCAAAAUAAUGCUCCUUACCAGCAUUAUCAUUUAAAAAGAAAAAUCUAAAAUCUGAGAUCCCAACAAACGUAAAACAUUCCCCUGUAUGUUCCCGUUUAGUUCUUUCUUUCUUUCUUUCUUUCCUGCGAGGUCGCAUUUUUCCCCAAUCUGAUGGUUGAUGUGAAUAUUAACUGGAGCUCCUGACCCAUAUCUGCAUGAUUUUAUGCACUGCACUGCUGCCACACGAUUGGCUGAUUAGAUAAUCGCAUGGAUGAUUGUUGGUGCCAGAUGGGCUGGUUUGAGUAUUUCUGUAACUGUUGAUCUCCUGGGAUUUUCACACACAGCAGUCUCUAGAAUUUACUCAGAAUGGUGCCAAAAACAAAAAACAUCCAGUGAGCGGCAGUUCUGCAGAUGGAAACGUCUUGUUGAUGAGAGAGUUCAACAGAGAAUGGCCAGACUGGUUCGAACUGCCAAAGUCUAUGGUAACUCA